GGAAGAUUAAAAAGAAUGUUAGGUUAUGAUUUAUUUACAAACAGAUGUGAACGAAAAUUACAGAUAUAAUUUAAAAUUGCUGUAUUUAUUGAAAAUAUAAAAUUUGUGCAACCACGUAUAUUAAAUACGACUAAGAUGUCUCUAAGCAAAACCAAAAGACUUUUACUAGGUUUAACUGCCGUUUCUGGUGUAGCCACAUUUUAUUACAUGAAUAACUCGCACAAAGUACAUAAUUCAUGGACAACGAAUUACACUCCAUCUCCUUUUGCUAAGUGGGACGAAAAUUGGGAUCAUCGUUCUCCAAAAUAUUUACAAAACACCAAAGGCAGUAAAAUUUCUGAAUCGGACGAAAACAAAUUAAAUGAACAAAACGAAAAGAAGCCAAAAGCUAUUAGGCAUAUCAUAUUGAUAAGGCAUGGACAGUAUAAUUUAAAUGGUAGUUCUGAUACAGAGAGACUGUUGACAAAACUAGGUCGAUUACAGGCUGAAUAUACUGGCAAACGACUGAAAGAACUGGAUUUGCCUUACACUGAAAUGGUAAAAUCUACGAUGUCAAGAGCACAAGAGACUGGUUCUAUCAUAUCACUACAUUUACCAAAAAUUCCUAUUGUAGAAAACUGUGAUCUUUUAAGAGAAGGCGCACCCAUUCCUCCAGAACCCCCUCUAGGCAACUGGAAACCGGAAAACUAUAAGUUUUACCAAGACGGUUCAAGGAUAGAAGCAGCUUUUAGGAAAUACUUCCACAGAGCUGAUGCUGAUCAGGAAAAGGACUCGUAUACAAUUUUGGUCUGUCAUGCUAACGUCAUUCGCUACUUCGUGUGCAGGGCUUUACAAUUCCCUGCAGAAGCGUGGCUAAGGUUGUCUCUGAAUCACGCUAGCAUAACAUGGAUUAGCAUUACGCCGAGCGGUAGAUGCAUACUGAGGGUUUUGGGGGACACUGGACACAUGCCGCCAUCUUGCAUCACCAGCACAUGAUUCGACCGCAGUAUUUAAAAAUCGAUGUAGAUAUACGAUAAUCACCUUAUCACAAUACAUAGUUGUAAGAUCCAAAUAAUUUGAUGUAUAGAAUGCGAUUCGUGAUGUGCAAGUUUAUUACUCGAAUCUACACUUAAAAAUUGGUUCUAUAUAUCGCCCAUUACUCCAGGUGAAAACUGACUAAAUUAUUAUAUUUAAGGAAUAUAUAGAUCUAUCAACCAAAUAGUUUUUAUAUGGUGUCGCGCUGUCCCGAUAUUGUGCGCUAAAUAUCAUGUUGAGAAAGUUUGAUUCCGUUUUGAGUUCUACAUAAAAUUUAAAUAAAAUUGUUAUUGUUCUAAUACUAAUAUUUUUUCAA